AUGUCUGAAGAGAAAUUUGCUACGAAUCAAGCCAUUUUGAGCGGAGCAUUUGCUCUUGGUUGGCGAGAUGAAACUCUAUUACAAAAAAAUGCAUGGCAGGAAUUGAAUUUCACUCUGGUUUUGCAGUGUGCAGUAACUACGAAGUACUACAAAAGGAAUCCCAAAGCAUUCAUUAAGCAGUGUUCGAAGCAAGAGACACUGUCAUUCAAUCAGAAAAUCGCCGACUUUGACGGUGACGAGUUCAACGUCUUCUUCUCGAAGCUCAAAAAAUUCGAAGUGUGUAUUCGAGUCGAGGGUACCAAAAUUAUAGGACGACUGGGCCUUUUCCAGCAUAUCAGCCAGAAAGCGGGAUGCUGGUUCCACGAUCUUGCGGCAAUUGUAAUAAUCGACAAUCCUUAUCUGGAAGAGAUAGUAUUUGGUCGCUCUAACAGAGUUAGAGCCGACGCCUUACCGACGUUGAUGGUACGAGGAAAUCGAAAACUCUCAAAUAAUACCAUCACAAGACUGAAAGAAUUGAAAGCUCGUGGACGGGCAUCGAAACGGAAUUCCAUUCAAGAAUUCGGAGGCUAUUUUGGGCUCUCAUCAAACCGUCUGUGCAAUUUUCCCAGACUUGGGAAGCCAAGAAGGUAUAAUUUCACAGAGUGCACUGUUCCGGAACCGCUGAAGAAUCUGAAUGACUUGAUCGGAUGUGAGCUGCUCCACGGUGACAUCAGAGUGAGACGGGAUCAGCAAAGUCUUCUCCCACCGCGUGAGCCACUAAAGCCAUUCACGCUCACUGGAUGUGUAAUGUUGAAGAACUCAAAAAUAGAGAACAUCGACUUCCUACGAAAUCUUCAAGAGCUACGCUCACCAAGAUGGAUAUGCGACAAUGAAAUCAUCAACAAUACAAAUCUGUGCAUUCACGAAGAUUUCGAGAGGAUUCUUCGAUCACGUAUCGACAAGCAUGACAUGGACGAUACUCCAGAAGAUUGUGAGCUCAGUUUUCUAAGGCAUUUUAUUCUUUCAACUUUAUCACAGUCUUUAAUGAACUGGAAGGUCUAUUGA